AAGUUGACCGCUUCUCAUUUCCUUGAGCUACCCUUGAGGAGAACCCCGAAUAUGGCCGAGUUUUCGGGGUACAAGGAUGUUGCUUCCAGCCGCCACCUGCGGUUUAAGCUGCAGAGUCUCGGCCGUCGCCUUGAUGAGUUGGAGGAAGCCACCAAAAGCCUGCAGAAGGCUGAGGAUGAGCUCCUGGAUCUCCAGGACAAGGUGAUCCAAGCCGAGGGCAGCGAUUCUAGCAUGCUGGCCGAGGUGGAGGCGCUGCGGAAACGGGUGUUGAAGAUUGAGGGCAAGGAUGAGGAGAUCAAGAGGGCAGAAGACUUGUGCCAGCUGAUGAAAGACAAACUGAAGGAGGAGGAGAGCCUGACCCGGGAACUGAAGGCAGAGAUCGAGCGGCUCCAGAAGCGGAUGGCCGAGCUGGAGAAGCUGGAGGAAGCCUUUGGACGGAGCAAGAAUGACUGUACCCAGCUUUGCCUGAGUCUGAACGAGGAGCGGAAUCUCACCAAGAAGAUCUCCUCUGAGCUGGAGACCCUGAGGGUCAAGGUGAAAGAACUGGAAACCUCUGAGGACAGGCUGGACAAAACUGAGCAGAGUUUAGUGUCUGAGCUUGAGAAGCUGAAGUCGCUGACCUUGACUUUUGUGAGUGAGAGGAAGUAUUUAAAUGACAGGGACAGAGAAAACGAGAAGUUAAUCAAAGAGUUGACACAGAAACUGGAGCAGAACAAUAAGGUCAACCUAGCAGACCAUAGCAGGAACUCCUCCACCCUCCUGGACAGAAAUGACCUCCGCAUCGAGGAUGGGAUCUCUUCCACGCUGCCCUCCAAAGAAGCCAGGAGGAAGGGGACCUUAGACUAUCUCAAGCAGGUAGAGAUUGAAACCCGCAACAAAUCAGAGAAUGAAAAGAAUCGAAAUCAAGAAGAUAAUAAAGUUAAAGAUCUCAACCAAGAGAUUGAGAAGCUCAAAAGUCAAAUCAAACAUUUUGAAUCUCUAGAGGAAGAACUGAAGAAAAUGAGGGCCCAAAAUAAUGACCUGAAAGACAGUUACCUGAGUGAGCAAAAUAAGAAUAAACUCUUAGCCAAUCAGCUGGAAGAGGUCAAACUGAAGCUGAAGAAUCAGAAGGACCUUGAGAACGGGGAGGUAGACAGUGAAGAGUCUUUCCUGGUUGGCAAAGGGAGGCAUGAGAGACCCAAGUACCGAGGUCUCAUCACUGAGUCCCCUUCAUCCAAGUAUAAGUCACGAGAACUCUCCCCCCAACACAAAAGGGAAAGACUUCGAAACAGGGAGCACACUUUCAGUAAUGACAACUCCACUCAGAAUAGCAGGCAAGGUGGCUGUCCCAGUGCCAUGAACCGGAGGGCCGCCAAGGUGGGCAUGGACAGCAUCCCUCAGGAUGCCAAAAGACCCGAUGAUAACAUCGCAGCUGGCACUUCCCUGAGUGAAGGCAAGAGGACCAGGGAGCAGCCAUCGGUGCUGAGUCGCUAUCCCCCCGCAGCCCAGGAGCAUCGAGUCCUGAAGGGAACCUCUAAGCCAGGGCAUGAGAAUGGGCUAAAAGGAAAGGUGGAAAAGACAUCCCGGGUGUUUAAUGACGCCAGCCAAGGCCGCGGACCCGACGACAACAGAUCCAACAGGAUGGACGCCGCUGGGAACAAAGCAAUGAGGGUGAAUCGAGUAGCCGCUUUGGAUUCCUCUUUAGAGGCUGUGUCAGCCAAAAAGAUCCUCAACUCUUCCGGUGGACAUCAGGUUUCUUCUGGGUCAGCCCCAGAACCGGCCAGCUCUAAGUCCACUGACUCUUCUUCAUCUCGAAGAUCAUCGGCCGAAGGACCGUCAAAAUGCAAGAGAGCCACCAAUGGCCAGGAAGCUGAGAGCGGCCCUCUGGGUCCAAAGCCUCCAGCCUCAUCGAAGGCUUCUUAUGGUUCCAGAAGUCAGGAAGACGUCCUGCAGGGCUUUACAGCCCCCGGCAAGGACGAACAAGAGCAGCCCGUGUGUGUGACGACGGAAGACAGCAGUCAGCACGAAGCUCUGCGGUGCCGGGUCAUCAAGCCCGGCGGCAGGGAGAGGCUGGACCUUGAAGAGGACGCCGACACACAUUCCCUCGUCACCGCCAAGUUAGUGAACACGACCAUCACUCCAGAGCCGGACCCCAAAAGGCAGCCGCGCUCCCGGGCGGCCCUCAGAACAGCCCUGUUCGACGGCGACAGGGACCUGGCGGGUGACGCGGACUCGGGGAAACCUGGGAGAGGAGCCGCCGAGUUUCAGGAUGCCAACAGCUCAGGAGUGAAGAGCCGGAGGCCGUUCAGCCCGAGGGAGGCUCUGCGGUCCAAGGCGGUCAUUAAGCCGGUCAUCAUCGAUAAGGAUGUGAAGGAGGUGAUGGGGGGUGGCGGGGGGCCCGAGGUCGGCUCGGAGAGAGCGAAGCCCGCCUCCAGGGCGGUGCCCAACAAGGUGACAAGCUGCAUAACCAUCUUCCCCAUGGAGGUGGGCAGCCCCAGAGAGAGGCACACGUCCACCAGCAACAUCCAGGUGGUCCCCAGCGAGCUGUCCUCAAUCGCCAAUCACAUCAGCCUGCCCUUCGAGAUCUCCAUUCACAAGAACGACAUCACCAGGCAGAUCCCGGAGGCCGAGCAGGCCGGGGAGGUGCCCCCUCGGAGCAGGCCGGAGACGGUGGUCUCGAGGAGCAGCAUCACCAUCAAGCCGUCGGAGGCCGCUGAGAGGAGCAGCCAGGAGUCCUCCCUGGAGAGCCUCAGGUGGGUCAGCCACCACGGCCCCUUGGAAGCGGAGCCUUCCGACGCCAAGCACGUCACCGUGCGGAGCGCCUGGAGGGCCAGGCGGGACUUGAACUCUCGGGAAGACUCCCCUGGCCAAGGGGGCAAAAACGUGGAUCCCCCGAACGCCUACACGCAGAGGUCGGCCACAGACUUCUCAGAACUGGAGCGGCCCCGGCCCUCUCCCUUGGAGCAGGGCACGCGGAGGGGCCCGGGGAGCCCGGGGGAUGCCUCUGAGCUGACUUCCCGCAGAAGCCAGAGCAGCCUUACGGUGUCGGAGGUCCUCACGCGUCGUGGCCGGGCCGGAGACCCCGGUGCUGCUGCUGCCUCGAGCCGCCCAGCGGGCCUGGGAGGUCCUGGAGGAAAGGAGACCAGCCAGGAUCAAAGGAAAGGGGCCAGAGAAAGGGAGGAGGAAGCUGAGGGCAAUACUUCCACCUCCUUUCGAUGGCAGCACAGUUGCCUGGAAAGGCCAGAGCUGCCUGCGAGGCGGCCGCCAGAGCUCCUGCGGAUUCGAGCUGAAGAACGGGUACGUCGGGCCAAGCACUCCUCUGAAGAGAACUGAUCUGACUGGGGGGCUUCCUGCUCCGCUGGGUUGACUUCCAAGAUUUUGACUCUCUUCUCCCAGCAGUGGACUCACUGUGUGGUCUGCCCCCAGGGAAGCUCUGACCACACACCCUUCAGCCACCAGCUGCAAAGCCAUCUCCCAUUCUUCUCUCCCUCUGAGCAUUCUUCACUUGGAGGUUUUCCAAGCAGACGAUGAACAGCAGAGUGUCUGGGGGUCCCCGAGCCCGUGGCCCAGGGUGGCAUCUCGGGUAUUGGGACUCCAGCCCCGCUUCUGGGCUGGCUGUUCCCAGAGGGGCCAUCUUUGCCAGACACCAUCUAAGAGGACACAGAAGGGCCUGUGCCCCUCCAUCUUCCCUUCGCCAAGCACUGGAGGCUUUGCUCUAGUUCGCCCGCAAGCCUCACCUUGACUUCUCCAGAAGGGUGUCGUCCCCACCCCAUUUGGGGUGGGGGGAGGGCACGGAUCCCGAGACUGGGCUAGGCCUGACCUGGCACACUCCCUUUCCCCUCCUCCCCUAGUCAGGAUGAAACCUUUCCCCACUUGUCACCCCCCCCCCCCGAGCAAUAGAUCCGAGGAGAGGCAGACACUAGUGCGCUGCCCUCUGCCCCCAGCCUUCUCCCCCGACCCCUUUCCCCUCGAGAACCGCACUUUACUGAGUCAAUGCAAUCCUUGAAGGUUGGCUGGAAAGGGGAUUUCUGUGGAUUGUAGUUUCCUGAUGCCUCCAUCCGCUAAAUGGGGGAAAUCACGCCGUUGGGGCUGGGGGAGGGGGAAGAGUGAUUCAGAAUACGGCAAAAUGUCCAAAUUCUACAUGGCAGAAAAUUGUCAAAUGGCAAACCUUAGUGAUCGGUCACUCCCGUGGUGCGAGGGCCGUUGCCUGAGUACAUGGCCGGCCAGCGGCUUCGUUCAUUUCACCUUUGCUCUUGGCUCGCCAAAUUUGAAAGGUGGCCCUACCUUCCUGCUCCCAGAAUAGGGAGCUCGAAGGGACCGGCUCAUCCCACCCCCUCAUUUUACAGAGGGAAAAUGAGGCCCCGCAGGGUUGCCUGAUAGGACUUGCACCCGAGGUGAUUGGAAUUUAAAUUUGUUCUCCUGACUCCUGCGUCGUCUCUCCUACCCCGUGUAUCCUGUCUUAUCCUUUCUGGGGCCCCAUCUCCCACCUCUUUUGUUCCCCUUUGUAAGAAAUCGCCUGGUUUGUUUUAAAGGUUCUAGUUUGGGACUGGCGGGGGCUCGAGGUCGCAGCUCCCCUUUUCUCGGGCUGCGCCUCGGAGUUAGAUCCUGGCUCCGAGGCAGGAACCUCGCUCAUACCUCCAUGUUCACGUUUUGCCAAAUGUGGGCUCGUAUCCCUCGGGCUGCCCCUACUUUCCCCAUAAUUGCUGGUUCCUCCGCGCACACCCCGACUCCCGCAGGCAGGGCCCCUCAGCUAAGCUUCCCGCGAGCCGCUUGUCCCAGAGCGCUUGGGCAGCCCCGGCCCUCCCACGAGGCCCCCCAGAGGAGCCGAUCGUCCUCCACGGGGGGCCCCGGGGGCUCGGACAACCUCUUGGGCCCAGAGUUCUAAUGCUUUCCUCCUCACGUCCCCAGAUCCCGGUGCUUGAACAGAAAGACUUGUGUUGUACAUUCGGCUAGGUGCCAACAUGGUGACUCCAGCGAGCUCAAGUGGCACUGCUCAUUGCUGCUGUGGAACCAAGAUGCCAUGUGGGAGAGGGAUAAACCUGAGUGCAAUAGGGUUUGAUUGUAACGAAUAUUUCAGGAUAAGUAUUUCACCUCCCCUCCCCCAACUUGCACACUUUCUAGGACCGCUGAUAGAUAGAUUUAUUUUUUAAUGUUCUUGGUGUUGCAGAAAAUACUGGGUAUAAUUGUGGCCAAGAGGCCGAGGCCGGCUCUUUGGGGCUUGGCAGUGGCGAAGACCCCUUCGGGUUCGGCAAAUUCCAAAGUUAAGAUGCUGCAUGCUAGGUGAUGGCAUCACUCACUGCACCUUCCUGAAGAUAGUUGGAGGGGCUGCCGGCCACGGCCCACCCCCAAGCCUCCUCAGACCGUGCCCCAAGGGUCUGGAGGGGCCGGACACAAGCGAGCCUGGCCAAGGAAUCCUGUAGGCCAGGAUGCCGGUGUGGCCGAGUGCGAGGGAAGCCCACUGUGCCCUCGAGGCUCCAGACCCUUGUGCAGCGCACAGGAGGGAGCUGGGGGAGUGGGGAAGAAGAUGCCCGAGACCGGACAGCAACCACCGGGCCAUCGGCCGGCCUUCCUCCCCGUGCCUUUCCUCCACACCCACACCCACACCCACACUCCCUCGGCCGGCGAGACCCGAGAAGCCAUCUACGGAGAGCCUCGAAGGCCUUCUGAGAGUGGGAGACGGUCACCAAGUGGGCUUGGGCAGCCUCAGGAGGUGCAGGAUGAAAAGAACAGACUCUUAGGCUGACAGGACUCGAGGGGUCCUUCCACCUCCAGGAGAGAUUGCACGUCUGGGGUCGAUACUGUUCUGAGCCCUCGGCCAGCCUCUCGGGGGUCACUGGGGUGAGGGGGGCUGCCCCCACCUCCUCUCCCCAUCAGGGAGGCCCGGGUCAUCCCUGCCACUCUCCCCGCUCGGAGGUUCCCAAAGGCUGCUUCAGAACUGGUGCUUCCAGGCCUCCUGGGGCCCCCUCGAGUUCCCUGACGGCGUGGCUGUCCACUGCAAUAGGGGAGGUGCUGCAUUCUCCUGCUGCUUAGCAGUUCAGAACAUGUAUGAAUGGAAUGUAUUUUUAAAAGAAUAAAAUAUAUUUUUUUGUAUUUUAAAAGUUGGGUGGGGUAGGGAGGCAGCCCUAUAAAGUUGUUGCGUUACAGGCAGAAAACUAACCCUCCGUCGCUGUGUUCCAGUCUCUCUCCAAGUCCACCUGGCGCCUCAGUGUGGCCGCUCCGGGUCCUCCUGCUCCACCCGCCUUCUUGCUCUAAGCAUGCGAAAUAGGGGGCGGCCCGGGGCUCGCAGCCGGGGGCUCCUGGGUGGCAUGUCUAGUCGAAGCCCGUGUGUGCAUGUAUCCUCUGGCUCUCCGCCGUCUGUCGGCCCUACAGCACGCUAGGUAACCAAUAAAGCUCUCCGAUUUCUAAGUG